AUGUACCUGUUGCCGCUGCUACUGACAGCAGUGUUAUGUGAGACGAAGUUGAAUCCAAGGGAAAUCAGAGAUCAUCAACGCGUCGAGAAUAACCUCGGCAAAAAGUCGUCUACAUCUGAAGAGUUACGCGCUGACGAGUCUAAAUAUUCCGCCAAGGCGGAAGUCGUCGCCCAGCAAUACCACGCUCCAGCUGCUGCCGCUACUGCUGCUACCGCUACUGUUGCUACUGCUACUGUUAGUGAUGUGGCUCCCCAGGAACUUGGCAAUCAAGUUGGAGAUUACGCGGAACUUCAGUCUUAUGAAAGUUUCAAAUACGCGCCGGUAAAUCAGCAGCAAGACUACAGUCAAAAUAAUAACGACCCAUCGGCGUAUUUGCAACGAAGCCCACUCGUGACAAGUGCACCUGAACAACAGCAUACACCUCAACAGUACUACAUACAGGAAAGUCGAAAUUCUCAAAACAUCUAUAAUACGCCUCAGCAGCAGCAACUUUAUCAGCAGGAAGUGCUAGUAGGAAACCAACUGCAAAGUGUGCAGCAGAAAGCGGCAACACAAAAGUACACAGAUGGAAGCAAUGAUAAAGGUAUUUACUACGUAAACAUACCGAUGAGCCAGUUACUCGCUUAUUACCAGAAUUACGGGAUCGUCCAGUCUAGAAGCAAGAAUGCAGAACAGCAAGCUCCCAUCCCUCUUUAUAUGCCAACAUUGACCCAAAAUCAAGUUUAUGUUCCUGAGAAAGUUGCAUACCAACCUAAACUACAAUACGUCUUGGCAGAUUCGAAACAUAUGCAGCCUAUAGUCGCUAAGUUAUCAUCGCCUUCAACACGUUCGCAUGCAGCUCAAGCAGCGACUGCACCGGCUCCUAUUCACCAGGUUCCUGCAGCAAGCCACCAGCAAUACACUGAAUCAGGAGAAUUAUUGGCUGCUCCAACUUAUGGAUCUGCUUAUCAGCCUCAAAGAUAUCAGUACAUAACGAUACAGCAACCCCAAUCUCAACAAUACAUGCAUCAGUAUCAACAACAACAGCAGCAACAGCAGAUUGUAUACGAGAAUGCUCCAAACUCUUACCAAACUGACUCUUUUAAUGAGCCUGCGACCGCUUAUAAGCAGGAUAAUUUUUUGUACGAACAGCAGCAGCAAUAUCAACCGCAACCGCAGCAGCAGCAAUAUUACGUACCGACUGCUAUUGCCGAUCAGCUUACUUCCCAAUUAUUGCAUCAAACAAAUCUUCAAAACUCUAUUGAGACUGCCCACCCACAAAGUAUUGAGCAAGAACAGCUCGAACUACUUCAAACGGAAUUUACACCCCCACAAUAUCAAGCGCAACAAUUCCGUGCAAGUCAAGAAAUAACUCAUCUGGUCCCGGUUUCUAACGAACAUGAAGGUUUCUUAUCCAAGUCAACCUAUUCAUCCAUGUCGCACUCGUCACAGCCGAAAACACUACUAGAUAGUUACGUUCCGAGUCAUGUCAUAGCUGCGCAAGAUUCUCAACGGUACAGAGAAAGGCCAAUUAAACUCGAGAGUGGUUUCCUACCGUCAAAGAUAAACUUUAUAGGAUACAAGAAACGCAAAACCGAGUGA